CAAAUCGUAUCUUCAAAGUUGGGGAGUUGGUUCUGUUUGAGCUUCGAAGAAAACAUGCUCGCCUACUCUUUUCCUUCUCCCUCCAAAGUCCCCUUAGCUUCUCCCAAACCCUCGAACCCUUCUUCAGGCCGUAACCUUCCAUCGUCAAAACUAUCAUCCCCAACCCCAACCUUUGAAGUCCUUAACCACCGUCUGACCCAUCACCACAAUGUGGGCCACCUUCACGAAGCAAUCUCCACCCUCGAUGUCAUGGCCCGAAAGGGUGUCCAUCCAGACCUCACCACCUACGCCGUACUCCUCAAAUCAUGCAUCAGGUCCCGGAAUUUCCAACUCGGAAAACUUGUCCACAAUCGGUUCAUGCAGUCCCAACUUGAACCCAAUUCCGUCAUUUUUAACUCUCUAAUCAGCUUGUACUCAAAGUGUGGGGAUUGGGCUAAAGCAAAAGCCAUAUUUGAUAGCGUAGGAGAUAAGAAAGACUUGGUUUCUUGGAGCGCAAUGGUCUCAUGUUUUGCAAAUAAUGAUAUGGAAUUUGAAGCGAUUGGGACAUUUCUUGAAAUGCUUGAAAAUGGGUUUCAUCCAAAUGAGUAUUGCUUCGCGGCAGCGAUUCGGGCGUGUUCGACUGUGGAUACUAUUUUGAUUGGGAAAAUGAUUUUUGGGUUUGUGAUAAAAAGUGGAUAUUUUGAGUCCGAUGUGUGUGUUGGGUGUGCAUUGAUUGAUAUGUUUGUGAAGGGCAGCGGUGAUGUGGAUUUAGCAUAUAAGGUCUUUGAGAAAAUGCCUGAGAAGAAUACAGUGACUUGGACUUUGAUGAUUACUAGGUUUAUGCAAUUGGGGUGCCCGAGAGACGCAAUAGAUUUGUUUUUGGAUAUGAUUUUCAGUGGGAAUGUACCGGAUCAGUUUACAUUAAGUGGGGUUUUAUCGGCUUGUGCAGAGUUGGAAUUGUUGUCUCUUGGUCAGCAAUUGCAUUCUUGGGUUACGAGGGGGGGAAUGCCAUUAGAUGCUUGUGUUGGUUGUUGUUUGGUGGACAUGUAUGCAAAGUGUGCAUCAGUGGACGAUUCAACCAAAGUGUUCAAUCGAAUGGUAGAUCAUAAUGUCAUGUCUUGGACGGCAAUUAUCACAGGAUACGUGCAAAGUGGAGAAUGUGAUAAGGAAGCUGUUGAGCUUUUCUCUGAAAUGAUCACGAGUCACGUUUUGCCAAAUCACUUCACCUUUUCAAGUGUUCUCAAGGCAUGUGCAAAUCUUUCUGAUCCGCGUAUGGGUGAGCAAGUGUACACCCAUGCGGUGAAACUAGGUCUUGCGUCAGUUAAUUGUGUGGGAAAUUCUCUUAUUAGCUUGUAUGCACGGUCUGGAAUGAUGGAAGAUGCUCGGAACGCUUUUGAUAUGCUAUUUGAGAAGAAUAUGAUUUCUUACAACGCGAUUGUUGAUGGGUAUGCCAAAAAUUUGAAUUCUGAAAAAGCCUUUGAGCUUUUCCAUGAAAUUGUGGAUACAGGAAUCGGGGCUAGUGCUUUCACAUAUGCUAGUCUCCUGAGUGGGGCUGCUAGUAUCGUUGCAAUUUCUAAGGGCGAGCAAAUUCAUGCCACUGUACUGAAAUCGGGGUUUGAGUCAAACCAAUGCAUAUGUAAUGCUUUGAUCUCCAUGUAUUCUAGGUGUGGAAACAUAGAAGCUGCUUUCCAAGUUUUUAAUUAUAUGGGAGAUCGUAACGUUAUAUCUUGGACUUCCAUGAUCACUGGUUUUGCAAAACAUGGAUUUGCCUCUAGAGCUAUGGACAUGUUCCACAAAAUGCUUGAGGUUGGCGUUAGGCCAAACGAAGUCACCUAUAUUGCUGUUCUAUCAGCUUGUAGCCACGCGAGGCUGAUUUCUGAGGGCUGGAAACUCUUCAAUUCAAUGCACAAAGAAUAUGGGAUUGUUCCGAGAAUGGGACACUAUGCAUGUAUGGUUGAUUUAUUGGGCCGAUCAGGAUCCCUUUUAGAAGCCUUUGAAUUUGUUAACUCAAUGCCUUUCAAGGCUGAUGCGCUAGUCUGGCGUACAUUUCUUGGUGCCUGUCGAGUCCAUGGUAAUAAAGAGCUUGGAAAACAUGCUGCAAAGAUGAUUCUUGAGCAACACCCACAUGAUCCAGCAGCAUAUAUCUUACUAUCAAACUUGUAUGCUUCCUCUGGUCAAUGGGAAGAUGUGGCGAUAAUUAGAAAGACUAUGAAAGAGAGGAACUUGAUCAAAGAAGCAGGUUGUAGCUGGAUAGAGGUGGGAAAUAAGGCGCACAUGUUCCAUGUUGGGGAUACUUCACACCCCCUAGCACGUAAGAUUUACAGUGAACUGAACCAACUAGCGUUGAAAAUAAAGGAAUUGGGAUAUGUACCUGAUACGGAUUUUGUUCUUCAUGACGUGGAGGAUGAACUAAAGGAGCAAUAUUUGUUUCAACACAGCGAGAAAAUCGCCGUGGCAUUUGGUCUUAUAAGCAUGUCCAAAUCAAAACCCAUUAGGGUAUUUAAGAAUCUUCGUGUUUGUGGAGACUGUCACGCUGCUAUCAAGUUUAUUUCAUUGGCUACAGGAAGGGAAAUAAUUGUAAGAGACUCAAACCGAUUUCACCACUUCAAAGAUGGGUUUUGUUCAUGCAGUGAUUACUGGUGAGGUUGUUAAAGAACGAUGGAAUUUUCUCUAUGAGAGUUCUGUGCUUAUCGGACAGCUACAUAAGUUUGUUUUCAACUGAUAUGAGAUUCUCAAUCUUCUGCUCAUUUCUUGUCAAAACCCUUCAAAGGCUGUUUCUUAGUGUGCACGAACAGCAGCUUGCUUUCAGUACGGAUCCCACAAAAUGGAAAAGAAAGAUUCAGAAGACAUGAUUGCCAGCUAAAAAAUUAACGUUUUGAGUUUGAUGUAUAUUUGCCAGUCUCAUUCUUUCAGCUUUAGAUGCAUCACUUAUAUAUUCUAAUAGCUGUAACCUGUACCAUACAUUUACAUUCUUUAUGUAAACUGCAUAUCUGUAAAUUUCAUAUAUGUACCCUCAUUUGAUCGCAUAAUUUACAACUAUAUGUACUUUUUCCCACUAA